UUUUAAAAAAGUUCUUAAGUUAACAAACUAAAGGUUUUAAAUUCAGUUUUCUUAUGGACUUCGACUGUUUCAAUUCUGAUGAAAAAUAGUUUGUUGCUUCAGAAUAUUUGGCAAAUCAGAGACAACAACGAGAGCAACACUGCUGUUCCAAACUGAAUGGAACCAAAACAGAAUGAUUGCCAUGAGUUUAGUAUUUUUAAAGGUAUUCAACCUUCUUCACAUAAUUUAGUUUCGCGUGAAAAACUACUCCGUGAAAUUCAAAAUUAUUUUUUACAAGAUGCAAACAAGUCAGCUUUAGCAUUAUGUGGUAUGUCGGGUGUUGGAAAGACACAAGUUGCCAGAAAUUUUUGUGAAAUUUAUCAAAACUUUUAUAAAAACUUUGUUUGGAUAGAUGCAGCAUUUGGAAAGUUACAAACUUCAAUAAAAAACCAUUGUCAAAUAUUAGGAUUGGAAGUUUGUGAUUCAAAAGGUGAUUUUAAUGUAGAAGUGAUUGUUGAAAAAAUUCACAACUAUUAUAAAAAUGAAAAGACUUUGUAUAUUUUUGACAAUGUCGACGAUGAAAGUGCUAAAAAUUUAGCAAUCUACAUUUCAAAAAAACCAAAUUCAUUUACGUUGAUAACUUCUCAAUGGAGAAUGUGGUCGAAUAGUGUAAAUAAAAUCCAUGUUGAUGUUUUUUCUUGUAAAGAAGCAUUAGCUUAUGUAAAAAAUAGUAUUAAAGAAAACAGUGAUGAAAACAUAAGAAACUUAAUUGAAGAACUUGGUUAUCAUCCGUUUGCUAUUACUCAGGCAAUAAAAUAUAUAAAUAUAUACGAAAUUUCGAUAGAAAAAUACUUAAAACGAUAUAAAUCAAAUCCUUCCGAAAUAUUAGACAAUAAUAACUUUCCAACCGAUAAAGAACCAAAAUCCGCAAUAAAAGCAAUUAAUUUAGUUUUAAUAAAAUUAGAAAAAACUAAACCCUUUCCAUUUAAGAUGUUAAACUGUUUAUCUCAUUGCGACGGUCAAAGCAUCAGUAAACAACUGAUCACCCAAAUCUCAAAUCACAUGCAAAUAAACGAAGAGUAUUUAAUUGAUGAAGCCAUUAUAUUACUAAUGAAUUAUUCUUUACUAAACUGUUUUGAUGAUAAAAAAUAUUCAAUGCACGAAAUAACACAAUUGACUUGUAGAGGUUUUCAAAAUAGGAAUUCAAUUACAAAUACGUAUCUUGAUCUAAUCGAAAACUAUUUUAAAUUUGAAUUGAGCGAAGUAAAAGAUCACAUGGGUUAUGGAAACCAUUUUGUUUUUCAUUUUAUCCAUAUGUUUCGUCAUAACGGAAAAAGAUGUUCAAAAAUCUUCCAUGAUAUGACAACUUCUAUCGAAAAAAUAUUGGUAUGUAAAGGUUUAUUUGAAGAAGCAAUAGAAGUAUUAAAAGCUAUUCAAAAUUUUAAUACAGAAACUAAAGGUGAAAAUGAUAAACUAACGCUUGAUACAAAACAUAAUAUCGCAAACUGCUUGCGCAAAAUGGGGAAAAAUAACGAAGCUUUAGAAAUUUAUAAUUCUGUAGAAAAAAUACAAACUGAAAUUUUAGGUAUCAACCAUCCAGAUACAAUGACAACAAAACAUAAUAUUGCAAACUGUUUGAGCAAAAUGGGAAAAUAUAACGAGGCUUUGGAAAUUUAUAAUUCUGUUGAUAAAAUACAAACUGAAAUUUUAGGUAUCAACCAUAUAGACACAAUGACAACAAAACAUAAUAUCGCAAACUGUUUGAGCAAAAUGGGAAAAUAUAACGAAGCUUUGGAAAUUUAUAAUUCUGUUGAUAAAAUACAAACUGAAAUUUUAGGUAUCAACCAUCCAGAUACAAUGGAAACAAAACAUGAUAUGGCAUGCUGUUUGAACGAUAUAGGAAAAUAUUACGAAAGUUUAGAAAUUUAUUAUUCUGUUGAUAAAAUACAAACUGAAAUUUUGGGUAUCAACCAUCCAGAUACAAUGAGAGCAAGAAAUAAUAUUGCACUCUGUUUGAACAUUAUGGGAAAAUACAACGAAGCUUUAGAAAUUUUUAAUUUUGUUGAAAAAAUACAAACUGAAAUUUUAGGUAUCAACCACCCAGAUACAAUAGAAACAAAACAUAAUAUCGCAUACUGUUUGAACGAUAUGGGAAAAUAUAACGAAGCUUUAGAAAUUUAUUAUUCUGUUGAUAAAAUACGAACUGAAAUUUUAGGUAUCAACCAUCCGUCAACAUUGACAACAAAACAUAAUAUCGCAAGCUGUUUUUACAAUAUGGGAAAAUAUAACAAAGCUUUAGAAAUUUAUCAUUCUGUUGAUAAAAUAAAAACUGAAACUUUAGGUACCAACCAUCCGUCAACAAUGACAACAAAACAUAAUAUAGCAAACUGUUUGAAUAAUAUGGGAAAACAUAACGAAGCUUUAGAAGUUUAUUAUUUUGUUGAUAAAAUAGAAACGGAAAUUUUAGGUAUUAACCAUCCGUCAACAAUGACAACAAAACAUAGUAUCGCAAACUGUUUAAACCAUAUGGGAAAAUAUAACGAAGCAUUAGAAAUCUAUUAUUAUGUUGAUAAAAUAAAAACUGAAAUUUUAGGUAUCAAGCACCCUGAUACAAUGACAACAAAACAUAAUAUUGCAAACUGUUUGAACAAUAUGGGAAAACAUAACGAAGCGUUAGAAAUUUAUUAUUUUGUUGAUAAAAUUCAAACUGAAAUUUUAGGUACCAACCAUCCGUCAACGAUGACAACAAGACAUAAUAUUGCAAACUGUUUAAACAAUAUGGGAAAAUAUAGCGAAGCUUUAGAAAUUUAUUAUUUUGUGGAUAAAAUUAAAACUGAAAUUUUAGGUAUCAACCAUCCGUCAACAAUGAGAACAAAACGUAGUAUCGCAAACUGUCUAAAAAAACGGCCAACGAGUUGUUUAACUAUGUGAUUAUUAUUUUAUUUUUAAUAUAUUUAUUUAUUUAUAUGAUGUAUAUUUUCAUAAGUUUUAUUAU